CGAUGUGCUUAAAUAUGGCAUCAUAUCCACUUUAGUCUAGAUAACGUUUCUGCUCUUCGACCUGUGCGAUUUAGUAGUGCCAUAUCACUAGCGACACAAACAAAAUUUGGGGAAAAAUGAAGUUUGUAUUUUGUCUGGCGUUUUUUAUUUCUGCGGCAUUUUGUGCGGAUUUCAACGGCGGAGAUGGGCAGUGGUAUUGUGGUAUCCUAGGUAAUGAAGACUGUAUGACGCAUCACCUAGAAGAAAGAUGUGGAACAAAUGGCGUUACAUAUAGAAACAUGUGUGCACUUGGAAAGGCUCAUUGUUCGGACGGUACCAUCAGUCAGGCUCACACUGGUCCCUGUAUCAACACCGUUAAUUCGACAAGAAGUCCACAGGAGGUCGUUCACGGAAGUGCGGUAAUUUUGGACUUUCAGUGCAUCUUGCUUGGUCACAGAGGAUGUGAGCCAGCUAUGAAUGAGAAAAUAUGUGGCACUGAUGCCAGAACAUACAUGAAUUUCUGCGAAUAUGAGAAAGCCAGAUGUCAACACAGGGAUCUCCACGUAGCCAAGCUUGGCGACUGCAAUGCCUAAAUGCCUUUGCAUCAGUGUCAGUUAUGUCAAAGUAUUUACAAGUCAACAAUAUGUCCAUUUUGAAUAAAAUAUGUAAAACUA